CUCUGUGAUUUUAAGAAGGGAACACUGCAUUUUGCAAAGUCAUUGAACUCUUAAGUUCACUUCAGUCAAGGGGAAACCAUGCAGGAUGAAGAUGGCUACAUCACUUUAAAUAUUAAAUCUAGACAGCCACCUCUCUCCUCAGUUGACCCUGCUUCUUCUUCUUGGUGGCGCGUGAUGGCUUUGGUUCUGCUGAUCUUGUCCGUGGGGAUGGUUGUUGGGUUGGCAGCUUUGGGGAUUAUGUCUGUCACACAGCAAAAGUACCUACAAGCUGAGAAAGAAAGUCUCUCAGGAACUCUACAACAAUUAGCAAAGAGCUUCUGCCAAGAUUUAAUAAAACAAUUAGAACAAAAGCAAAAGGGCAGUUUCUACCACAAAUGCAGCCCCUGUGACACAAAAUGGAGGUAUUACGGAAAUAGCUGCUAUGGAUUCUUCAGACACAACUUGACAUGGGAAGAGAGUAAACAGUACUGCGUGGACAUGAAUGCAACUCUAGUGAAGAUUGUCAACCAGAAUAUUCUGGAAUACAUCAAAGCCCGGACCGUUUUAAUUCGUUGGGUUGGCUUAUCCCGUCAGAAUUCUAACAAAGCCUGGAUGUGGGAAGAUGGUUCUGUUCUCUCCAAAAAUAUGCUUGAUCUUUCUGGAGAUAGAAGAGAAAACAUGAAUUGUGCUUAUUUUCACAAUGGGAAAAUCCGCCCUACCUUCUGUAAGGACAGACAUUAUUUAAUGUGUGAGAGGAAGGCUGGCUUGGCAAAGGUGGAACAACUGCUUUAAUACAAAAUGAUAGACAGAUAUCA